GCUUGCAGUCUGAUUUCCCAUCAUGGCGGCGAGGGGCCAUGUGCAAGACCCUAAUGACAGGAGGCUUAGACCGAUUUACGAUUACCUGGACAAUGGCAAUAACAAGAUGGCAAUCCAGCAAGCCGACAAGCUGCUCAAGAAGCACAAGGAUCUUUACUGUGCUAAGGUCCUGAAGGCAAUAGGUUUACAGCGGACGGGCAGACAAGACGAGGCCUUCACCUUGGCACAGGAAGUCACUGCUCUGGAACCCACAGAUGAUAACUCUCUGCAAGCGUUGACCAUCCUCUACAGGGAAAUGCACAGACCGGAGUUGGUGACCAAACUGUAUGAAGUAGCUGUGAAGAAAGUGCCUAGCAGUGAAGAGUAUCACUCGCAUCUCUUCAUGGCUUACGCGCGGGUCGGGGAGUACAAGAAGAUGCAACAGUCCUGUUAG